CUAACGAAUACGUGCCCAGCGGUCACGCUUUUAAUCGGCAUGUUGUGCGUCUUCAAUCAGAAAGCACAUGUUAACGUUAUGUUUUCACUUUAGUUUCGAAAUAUUUGUCAAGUAUGAUAAUUUUGAAAAAUGCAUUACGACUAUGUUCCAUUUCCAACAUACUGCAGUCGAGUUAAUGAAGUCAUCCAUGUAAGUGCGGUCUAUCUGCGAUCCGGGUAUCGGUGUGGAGUGACCUGGCAUCCAAUGUUUGUGAAACCAAGCAACAGGCGUGGGAGGCGGAGUCUGUCCUCUACACCUUCCGCAGAUGGAUGCUUGAAAAUGGUUUCUAGUAUCGAAACUUUGAACUCCCAUUAUUUAUAAUUCGCUGAAGGAAAAAUAUUGGUUUCGUUUUUUUUAUAAUGAAUUUAGAAAUACAAGGCGUACCAGCUACACCAAGAGGAGGAGCAAAAUCCAAGCAAGAAGGAGAAAAGAAUUAUGCACAGGGAUGGAGAGUCCAGUCAAGAGCAUCUCGCAGCCCUCGUCCUACGGAAGUCCCUGAGCUAAGACUGGGGAAACUUGGUGACUCAGAAGAUGAGGACGUGUACAUUCCUGCCAGCAAAGGAUAUCCUCGUUUUGGUCCCCCAGAUUCCACCUCUACUGUGAGCUGGGGGUCUCCUCUGUCUGCUCCAUUGGCUCCCCUUCAUCAGGCUUCUAAAAUGCACUUCAUUAAAACAGAUGAAAGCAAAAAGCCUCCACCGUGGGAAGACAAGACAAUCCCUGAAAAUUUGCCUGCUCCUUCCGAGAGAUAUAAAAUAAAAUACAAGCAGUAUGAAGCGGAGCUGAAGGAGAAUUUUAAGCAGCAUUCACAGAGAGUAAAUGAAAAAAACAAGCUGGAGACCGAGGCACAGCCGUUGUCACAUACAGCACCACAGUCGCAGAAGUCUCUCAGCAAUGAAGAUGACUGGACAUUGCUGGAUGAAAAAGCCCUCCUACAGCAGUGUUAUACCAGUAAGCCCUAUACUAUCCAGCACAGCAUGAGAAAACUGGAAGCUGAAGAUCUUGCAGCAGGAAGAAGAAAGCAGGCUGUGGUGGAGCAGGUAAUGGUGGAUCAACUAUCCAGAGCAGUCAUAAGUGACCCUGAUCAAAAUUCAACCAGCAACGAGCAGAUUUCAGUACAGCGGCCAGGAUCAGCGCCCUUGCGAUUCAAGAACAGAGCACUGCAUGACACGAAAGUGAGGACCAGAUCAGCAUUGACAGAGAAUCUGCUGUCUAACAAGUUGCGCUUUGAUGCCCGAAUUUUAACAAGGAGUGGACGUGAUGCCUGCAGAGAGCUAAUUGGAUUCUUCUUUGCUUUUGAUAAAUCCUUGACUAUCUAUGAAUAUCGACACUUUGGAAAAAACAGAUCAAGUGCUCUCCCAUUAAUUCAAAAGGGGUCAUACAGUCAUCAGCAUGGAAGAAGAAAAGGAGUACAAUUUGGAAUUCAUGACUUCUAUGUGGGGGCUAACUUAACAUUUACUACCACUGGACAUAAUCUCCCAGAAAAUAUCAAACAGAAGCCAUUGCUAACUCUUCGGAUUACUGAUGUGGAUGAAAUGGCAAAAAGCAUGUUACUGGCCUCUGUAGAAGACAUUUACCAGGAUCCAACAAAACAAGAAGUAGAUGACAGAAAUACACUGUUCUCCAUUCAGGGAACACUGAAAGAAAAACUAAAGAAGAGAGGAGUUCGUACACUUACAGGAAUAGGAAAGCUCUUCAGAAGCUUGGAUAAAUCUGGAGAUGGUGUUCUACAAAAAGAGCAGGUUCAACUUGCUCUGAAGGAGUUUCACUUGACAUUGUCAGAAAAGGACUUUGAUGCUGUUUGGCGGAUAAUGGACCUGAACUGUGAUGGUGAAGUCGAUUAUGGGGAGUUCCUAAGAGCAGUCACUGGAGAAAUGAAUGAAUACCGAAAGGCAUUUGUCAGAAAAGUAAGUCACCUGAUAGAUGGAAGAUAG